AUGGCGUCACAAGAAGAAACCCAGGAGAGGAAUAACAAGUCAAGGACAGAAUAUGAACAUGAAGAGGUUCAGUACAAUGGCAACAAAUCCAUGCCUUUCAUUGUGGGCAACGAGGUAUGUGAGAAGCUAGGGAAUAUUGGCACGACGAACAAUCUUUUGGUGUAUCUAACAACCGUAUUCAACAUGAAAGCCAUCACUGCAACAACUAUUGUCAACCUCUUCGGCGGCACCUGCAACUUCGCUGCUCUGCCUGGAGCCAUUCUCUGCGACACAUAUUUCGGUCGCUACCGCACUCUGGGAUUUGCUUCAAUAUCGGCUUUCAUGGGAAUGUUGGUACUCACACUAACCGCGGCAAUUUCAAAGCUACAUCCUUUUCAUUGUGACAAAGAAAAGAGUGAAACUUGCCAUGGCCCCACACCAUUGCAAAUGGCAAUUUUAGUAAGUGGGUUUGCACUAAUGGCCAUAGGAUCUGGUGGAAUAAGACCAUGUAACUUAGCCUUUGGAGCCGACCAAUUCAAUCCCAAUACAGAAUCUGGAAAGAAAGGAAUCAAGAGAUUCUUCAAUUGGUACUACUUCAGCGUAACCUCAGCCAUGAUUAUUUCCUACACAAUCAUUGCAUAUGUGCAGUCUAGCAGGAGCUGGGCUUUGGGGCUAGCAAUUCCUACCUUGUUGAUGCUGUUAUCAUGCCUGCUCUUCUACAUGGGAUCACGAGUUUACGUGAAAGUGAAGCCUAGCGGUACAAGUCCCAUGACGAGUGCAGUACGAGUCGUGGUGGCUGCGGUCAAGAAAAGGCGAUUGAAGCACUCUCCAGAGCAGCCAUGGCUGUCCCUUUUCAGCCCUAUUGAUAACACUUCUAUCAACUCCAAGCUUCCCUACUCCAAUCAGUUUAGAUUUCUGGACAAAGCUGCAAUAAUUGACACCGGAGACGCCAUUAAUCCAGAUGGGUCAGCAGCCAAUCCAUGGAGAUUAUGCAGCAUGCAACAAGUAGAGGAAGUGAAAUGCUUAAUGAGGGUGGUUCCCAUAUGGACCACAGCCACUAUAUACUACAUUGCAAUGACCCAACAACAGAUUUUUGUAGUUCUCCAAGCUCUACAAUCCGACAGGCAUUUUGGCAACACAAAAUUCCAAAUCCCGCCAGCAAGUUACUCAAUCGUCAUCAUGAUUGGUGUCGCCCUCUGGAUACCUAUCUACGACCGGAUCAUCGUGCCAACGCUCAAGAGAUUCACCGGCUUAAAAACCGGCAUAGCACUCCUCCAAAGGAUGGCAUUUGGGAUGGUUCUCGCCGCGGCGUCCAUGCUUAUAUCCGGCAUAGUUGAAGAGAGGAGAAGAAGUUUGGCUCAAACAAAACCUAUUGGAAUAGAACCAGGAAGAGGAGAAAUUUCUCCCGCUUCCGGGUUUUGGUUGGUACCUCAGUUGGCACUCAUGGGAUUUUCUGAAGCAUUGACAAUAAUUUCCCAUAUUGAGUUAUACUACAACCAAUUCCCAGAAAACAUGAGAAGCAUAAGUGGUUCUUUACUAUACAUUGGUUUUGGAGUGUCACAUUACUUGAGUGGCCUCUUGGUUUCAGUAGUUCACCACUUUACCAGAACUAAAUCUGGAGAGGCCGGGGAUUGGUUGCCUGAGGAUCUUAACAAGGGAAGAUUGGAUUAUUUUUAUUACUUGGUUGCCGCAUUGCAGAUCUUAAAUUUGGUAUAUUUUAUGUUCUGUGCAAAGAGGUAUAAAUACAAAAGGAGUACAAGUAAUGCCCUUGGAGCUGAGAAUUGA